CCCUGUGACUUGGUGAAAACUAGUACGAGAGGCAAGAGCGCUUUACCGGUACCCAAAGUUCCGCUACCACUGCACUACACAUUCGAAUUUCCGCCGCGCUUCCUUACACACCAGGGGCUCGUUCCUAGCCUCCCAUGUUCCAGCUCAGCCGAUGUACCGGGACCUGUCGCCGUGCCGACAAGCCAGCAAUGUGGCAUCACAUCGUCUUGACAACCUAACCUGUACCUGAAUUGAAUUAUAACUUUAGUAAGAAACAGACCGAACUGAAGAUCAGUGCCAUCACUUAUUAGGGCAAAGGAGGAAUUUAGAAUCAAGACCUCCACCAGGACCAGGGAGAAAAAAGAGACAUCAACUUCAAGUUCAAGCUAAAUUUAUUUUCUUCAAAAUGGCCGGAAGAUCAGAUGAUAAAAACCUAGAAAGCAGACGAGAGUACUUGGGUAAUAACAAUGCUGUGGUCUCAAAUAUUAUUAGAGAGAAGUCAUGUUGGAAAGUGGGUAAGAGAUUCCCUCUCAAAGAUUAUCGCUAACAGACCAGAGGAUCCCAUACAGUUCCUUGCAAGCUACUUUGAAAGUAUCCGGGAGAAGGGGAAUCGAGUGGUGAGGGCACAUCAAGUCCUGGUUCUCACUCAUCACAGUCGGUUGGCAUUUGAGGAUAAUGUAGCCACAGCAUAUCAGAUCUUGAGCACACCGUCAAGUUCUAAACAUUCCUUUGGUUUGACUGGAUCAGCAUACAAGGAAUUGCUGCGGACAAUUUUGAGGUUUGUUCCAGAAACUAUAGAAGAUGAUGUUAUGAAGAAGAUAAGCCCAAGAGACCAUGAAUUUAUUCCGCUUGAUGUGUUUCACCACGGCAUACUGACUGCAUUUGUACUCAAAGAUUUCUUGCAACAAUCAGAGGGUUUGCAUGCGUGUCUGGACUCGCAAUCGAAUGGUCAGGUCCCGCAGAUUCUUUGUGAAGCUGUUCUACAAGAGCUCAAAGAAUCUGUUACAACCACAUCUACGGAGCCUAUCUCAAUACUUCAAGCUGGAGCUAGGUUGAAUGAAGCUCAGAUAUUAGGCUGCUUAGAAGAGGCUGAAACUGAAGCAAAGUCCAGCCUCACUGGGUCCAUGUCAUCAGAUGAGUUCAUUAGACAUGCUUCUGACAUCUUCCUUGAAAAGGUGAAACCCAUCAGAUGAUACUUGAACCGUUAAGACCUAUCACAGGGAGAAAAGAGAGUCAUGUUGAUUGGCACAAGGAUGGUUUCAUUUCAAAGCUUGCAGAUUAUGUGAGUGUUUUAUUGUAAAUAUCAUGAAAUUGAAUGUGUGAAAAGGUGCAAUACUUUUAUACUGUCAGUGACUGUGUAGUGAUGUUAAGACAGGGGGGCCAAUCUCUGAUUAUAUCUUUAAAUUAAAAAGAGCCCCUUUUUGUUAAUAAUAUGGAGUGUGAAACGGGGCAUUAGUCACAAGGGGCACCUCUUGUCUUUAAUUUUUGGUAGAACAGAGGUGUAGUUUUUGAGAAAAUGAAACACUCCCAAUCAAAAUGUUGUUACUUUAACCUUUAUCGUUAUUUUUAGAAUCUUCAAAUUUAGAUGAUUUGGUGUGACAACCCCCAACCCCCCAUUUGGAUAUAGCUUUUACAUUCCAGUAUAAUAAUUUUAAACAAAAUUUCAAACCACACAUGUGGUCCGAUGAUUUCCGGCCAAAUCAGCAUUCCAGAAGUUAUAAGUAGCGCUACGGUUCAAGAGAUGUGUGUCAAUUUCUUUGUGCAAGCAUACGAAUAAUGCCAUGUCCAAAGAAAUUGUGAUCAGAAAGGGUUUAUGACUAACAAGCUAUUUUUUGUAUUGUAUUGUAUUGCAGUGUUUGAAACUCUUUCGUUUUCACAAAGUUGGGAUAUAUUGCAAGAGGUUAUGAAUCUGAAAAGAGUGUAAAAUAGGAUAUUUCAUAGUUCUGUCAUGGCUCUGUG